GGGGGAGGCGCAGGAAGUGACGCCGCAGCGUGCUGACGCGCGGGCUCGAUCCGAGGCCCGACUCCGCGCCCGCCAUGGCCGACAAAAUGGAUAUGUCUUUGGACGACAUCAUUAAGCUGAACCGGAGCCAGCGAGGCGGUCGCGGCGGAGGCCGGGGUCGCGGCAGGGCCGGCUCCCAGGGCGGCCGCGGCGGUGCAGUGCAGGCCGCCGCGCGGGUGAAUCGAGGCGGCGGGCCUAUGAGGAACCGGCCCGCCAUCUCUCGCGGCGCCGCGGGCGGCGGCGGCAGGAACCGGCCGGCACCCUACAGCAGGCCGAAACAACUUCCAGACAAAUGGCAGCACGACCUCUUCGACAGCGGCUUCGGGGGUGGAGCCGGCGUGGAGACGGGGGGCAAGCUGCUGGUGUCAAACCUCGACUUCGGAGUGUCAGACGCCGAUAUUCAGGAACUCUUUGCGGAAUUUGGAACGUUAAAGAAAGCAGCUGUGCACUACGAUCGCUCUGGACGAAGUUUAGGGACAGCAGAUGUGCACUUUGAACGGAAGGCAGAUGCCCUGAAGGCUAUGAAACAGUACAAUGGUGUCCCUUUGGAUGGCCGUCCCAUGAACAUCCAGCUCGUCACAUCACAAAUUGAUACGCAAAGAAGACCUCCACAGAGCAUAAACAGAGGUGGCAUGACAAGAAACCGUGGCUCUGGGAGUUUCGGUGGUGGUGGGACCCGGAGAGGAACCCGCGGAGGCAGCCGGGGAAGAGGUAGAGGUACCGGCAGGAACUCAAAGCAGCAACUUUCUGCGGAGGAGCUGGAUGCACAACUGGAUGCUUAUAAUGCAAGGAUGGACACCAGUUAAACAGCCGAGCAAAUCCACACAAGUAACAGGACUCAGAAGCCUCGUCAUGAUCCCUAGAGGGAGGGUUGGCAACUGGACUGUGCAGACAAUGGUGGAUUUGUUUUUUGUUUCUUUUUUUUUUUUUUCCUCCUGUUUUAAAAUAGGAUCUAAAAACUCAUGUAAAGGCUUUUUUUUUUUUUUUUCUUUCCUUUUUUUUUUUUUAAAUUCUGAAACAAACCUGUUUUGUACCGAGUUAUUUUUGGGAUAAAUUUUACUGGUUGCUGUUGUGGAGAAGGUGACAUUUUCACCUUUGCCAUAAUAAAAUAGAAUUGUGUGUAGAACUG